AUGGACGCCGACAUCCCUGCCAUCGCCGUCUUCACCUCGUCGCGAGCCGUCGUCGGCGGCCGCCUGACCUCUGCCACCAUUGUUGUCUCGCGCUCCACGGGCAAGAUCACAGCCGUCUUCGACUCGGUCAUCCCCGUCUCAGACUUCCCCGAUGACACUCCCUACACUGACUUCUCCCCGUAUGUGCUGCUCCCCGGAUUGGUUGAUGCUCAUGUCCACCUCAACGAGCCGGGCCGCACCGAGUGGGAGGGCUUCUAUACAGGCACCCAGGCCGCUGCCUUUGGCGGUGUCACCACCGUCAUUGACAUGCCUCUCAAUGCCAUCCCGCCCACUACCACUGUAGAGAACUUCAAGGUGAAGUUGCAAGCCGCCGAGGGCAAGUGCUGGAUUGACGUCGGCUUCUAUGGCGGCAUCAUCCCCGGCAAUGCGGGCGAGCUCAAAGCGCUAGUCAAGGAGGGCGUUCGUGGCUUCAAAGGAUUCCUUAUCGACAGCGGGGUUGAAGAGUUCCCCGCUGUCUCUUCUGAAGACGUUCGAAAGGCUAUGGUUGAACUGGCCGAUGAGCCUACCACGCUCAUGUUCCAUGCUGAGAUGGUCCCUCCCAAGACCUCGUCGUCUGACGAGGAUGCUCUUGUCGUACCCGAGGGUGCCCCAGAGGCAUACUCCACCUUCCUGGCCUCGCGCCCUUCAAACUUUGAGACAUGUGCCAUUGAAGAGAUCCUCUCCCUGUCUCAUCUUGCGCCCAACCUCCCUCUGCACAUCGUCCACCUUUCCGCUAUGGAGGCCAUCCCCAUGCUGCGCAAUGCCCGCGCAGAAGGCGUUCCCAUCACCGCCGAAACAUGCUUCCACUACCUUUCCCUCGCAGCUGAGGAGAUCCGCGAUGGCGACACUCGCCACAAGUGCUGCCCGCCCAUCCGGUCAAAGAACAACCAGGACGCCCUCUGGGCCGAAAUUGACCGCCACGCCGAGGAUGGUGUCAUCAAGACUGUCGUCUCAGACCACUCCCCUUGCACACCAAACCUCAAGCUCCUCCCUUCCCACAUCCCAGGCCACUGCGCUCCGACGCCGAAGUCAACAACCACAACGACCGCACCGGCAACCACAGACCCCGUCAUCAACGAGGGUAGCUUCCUCUCCGCUUGGGGCGGCAUCUCCUCCGUCGGCCUUGGCCUGCCCAUCCUCUGGACGGAGCUCUCCCGCCGCAAGGGCCUCGCCUCGCACCCCAACGACACGACAACCAAGCAGUCCCUGCAAGACAUUGUGCGCCUCUGCUGCGCCAACACCGCCAAGCAGGUCGGGCUCGAAAAGUCCAAGGGCGACCUUGUCCCCGGGUUCGACGCCGACUUUUGCGUCUUUGACGACACGGCCGAGUGGGUCGUUGAGCCGUCCACCAUGCUCUUCCGCAACAAGUGCUCGCCGUACCAGGGUAGGACGCUCCGCGGUAUGGUCCGCGAGACCUGGUUGCGUGGUGAGAAGAUCUUCAACCGCGAGGAAGGGUUCAGCGCCAAGGCGCCGACGGGAGGGCUGUUGCUUGAGACACGGGUUUGA